AUGGCCAAAAUGGAGCCGUUAAUUUUGGAGCACGGGAUUCUCCAGAUAAAGAAAAUCUGGGACACGGCUACCGCAAACAACCAGGAGGUUGGCCACAGCCAGGCGUUCAAUCUAAAGUGGAUAUACAAGGUGCCCCUGUACUUGUCUCUCCACGGUAUGCUCUCUGUUCUGCCCGAGGCUUUGUUUAAAAUCGCCAGCUCAGCAAACUGGGACCAUUCCAAGGUGUUUAAUCUCCAGAGCUUCAUCGAUACACCGAGGGCCAAGCACUCUGUGCUUGAGUUUGGUUACAGCCCGUAUGUCUGCUUGGGCAUGAACCUUGCGUGGAUGAAUAUAAUGCCUAUUUUGGCUAAUAUCCUUUGCGACUAUGAUAUGGAGUCAGCAAAGGAUUAUACUUUCAGGGGACCAGGGGGUUCUGGAUUCCCACGGGGUUCCUAA